AACAAGAGAAGAUAAGAUGAAAUCGAUUCGCUCGCUCUCUCCCUCAAAUCCCCAAUCCACUUCCUCCCCCUCCAUCUCCAUCUCCUCCUCCUCCCACGAAAUCGCUCUCUCUCUUUCGCCCUCCGGACGAGCGAGCGAGCGAAAAUGGCGGCUCUGCAACAGAUACCCAUCUCCCUCCAGUCCAAAAUCCCGUCCCUGAAGACCCAAUUCCUCCAUAAACCCUCCAACCUCUCCUUCUCCGCCACCUUCCCCUCCCUCAAGCUCGCCCCCACCCACCUCCACCUCCGCCCCUCCUCCGCGGCAUCGGGCGCCCGGAUGUCCGCCACGGCGGGCGGGAGCUACGCGGCGGCCCUCGCCGACGUGGCCAAGUCGAACAACACCCUGGACGCCACGAGCGCCGACGUGGAGAAGAUCGAGAAGAUCUUCUCCGACGAGGGGGUGUUCAAGUUCUUCUCGAACCCGACGGUGGACCUGGAGAAGAAGCGCGGGAUGGUGGACGAGAUCUCGGCCUCCUCGGGGCUGCAGCCCCACACGGCCAACUUCCUCAACAUCCUCAUCGAGGCGAAGCGGAUCGACCUCAUCAAGGACAUCGUGAAGGAGUUCGAGAUGGUGUACAACCGGCUGACGGAGACGGAGCUGGCGCUGGUGAGCUCGGUGGUGAAGCUGGAGCCGCAGCACCUGGCGCAGAUCGCUAAGCAGGUGCAGAAGCUGACCGGCGCGAAGAACGUGCGGAUCAAGACGGCCAUCGACCCCAGCCUCGUCGCCGGCUUCACCAUCCGGUACGGCAGCUCCGGGUCCAAGCUGAUCGACAUGAGCGUGAAGAAGCAGCUCGAGGACAUCGCCGAGCAGCUCGACCUGGGCGACAUCCAGUUGGCUGUAUGAUGACGGCGCCGGCGCCGGCGGCCGAUGGUCCGGCCUAACUCAGGAAUUCAACCGAACUGGCCUAGACCUACCAGUUCAGGGGCAAUUAUGGUGAGAAUCGGUUUAGUUACCAAUUUCACGAACCUUUAUUCGGUUCUAAAUCCUGCUUUAGGGAAAAAGAAAUACUUUUAUUGUCAUCGGUAAUCGAACUAGAAUUUUCUCCGUGAAUAAAUAAUAGUACGAUCACUUGACGAA